AUGACGGAUACUGCGGACAUCCCGCUCAUGUCCCGAGAUGGCCCCGAAGCCACAAUGCAUGAAGAAGCACAGCAAGACUUCUGGACGAAACAAAAAUCGAAUUUCAAGUCAAAUGCCCGUGCGGCCUGGAAGUUCACCGUCGCAAGUGGCGUCCUCGCCGGCACAGUCAUCCUCCUCAUUAAUAUUGUCACUCUUGCGGUGGUAUACAGCCAGCAUCAUUCGACCAAUUCAAGUAUCCCAUUCUUCACCGGGCGCUGCACAACCGCAAGCAGGGUUGUCACUGGUGCACACUUUGUAAUCAACGUGCUUAGCACCAUUCUGCUGGCCUACAGCAACUUUAGCAUGCAGUGCCUGGCCUCGCCCACAAGGAAGGAGGUGGACUUGGCCCAUAAGAAGCAGCACUGGUUGAGUAUUGGGACUCCAUCCAUUCGCAACCUCUUUUUCGUAUCCAAAACCAAGGCAGCACUAUGGCUGGUGCUAGCGGUGAGCUCUUUUCCACUGCAUCUGAUCUGGAACUCCACGGUCUUUCAAACGAAGGCCUCGUACGACUACCUUGCGAUAUCUGUCACCGAGGAAUUUCUUCACGGCGCUACUUGGACGCUCCCUCCACCAUCCAUGAAAUAUCAAAGUACGCUGCACGAGGUACCGCUUCUGGAAAGCUGGACGAAUGAAGACGUGAAUGAUGUCCUUCAUGCUCUCCAACGCGAAGCGCUUGAGUCGAAACUCGAAAAGCUCGACUUGAAAGAAUGCAUUAAAACUUAUCAUACGAAUUUGUUAUCUGACAGGCAGCAUGUUUUGCUUGUUAGCGACAGCUCCACCGCCGCCCCCACGCCCUCGUAUGACCCGGACGAUCCAACCUUGGAUUCUCUAGGGCUUAAUGAAGCACCCGCGAACUCCUCGGUCGCAACCAUCUACUACGCUGCAAAUCCUCCCAGCGGUGACGCGUUCAUUCCUCUGUAUUACUGGUUGUGCGAUUCUAGACCCUCUAUCAUACCUUACUCAACACAACCGUGUCCAUUAGACACAUUCAACUAUACCGGAUGGCUUCCGGGCGACGAUUUCGAAUGGUUAGACAGAAACGGCGGCGGCAUGUUCGGAUGGAACAUGCUGGCGCCAGUUCGUUCUUGCUACUCCCAGAAGGUGCCCGAGAGAUGCAAAGCCAGCAUAAUUCCGGUCUUUUUGGUUGUCGUGAUCAUAUGCAACGUCAUCAAGAUCGUAUCAUUUGCCAGCGCUCUGUACAUCUCACGGAAACACAAAGACCAGCCGCUCUGCACGACGGGGGAUGCAAUCCAGUCAUUUUUACAGCACCCAGAUCCCUGUACUAAGGGCAGAUGUCUUGCCGCGAAGGAAGACUACGACAAGUGGCUACCACGGUCCAAGGAAUGGAUCCCACGACUAAUCACGGUCGGCGACGUCUGGACUGGCGGGCGAUAUCGCUGGCGCAAAGCCAUCAAGAAAUGGCAAUGGAUCGUUUUCCUACCGACCACAGGGGGUCUAAUGGCUAUCUUGAUAGCCAUGUCUGUCCUGGAUAGUAAAGUAUCUUCGACCAAGAUUACAGACAUAAGCGAGAUGUAUAGGAGCAACCGGUUAAACAAGGAGCCGAUUAAUGUUCUCCGCGGCUUUCUUAUAGGGAAUACACCGCAGCUGGUGAUCUCCUAUCUCUAUCUAGCGUUGAACAAUAUCAUGAGCACGAUGCUGGCCAUGGCCGAAUGGUGCAACUACGCGGUGGGUGGCCCACGGAAGGGUCUACGAGUGUCGACGCCGGAGAGAAACACCGCGCAGCGAUCAUCGUACUUCUUGUCUGUGCCAUACAAAUGGGCAAUUCCAUCAGCGGUCGCCUUAACUAUCCUCCACUGGCUCGUCUCGCAAACCGUCUUCUUCGCCAACCUAGAGAUCUACCGUCUGCAGCCAAGGGGAGUCAUGGAACCACUGCCUUCAGGAUACCUCUAUCAAUCGCCUCUUGCGGGGGCCAUUGCAGGCUCUCUUGGCAGUGCCCUUGUAGUUGCUCUCAUCCUGGCGGCUUUUGCUCAAAAAUACCCCGCCAACAUCCCUCUAUCAGGGUGCUGCAGUGCCAGCAUUGCAGCUGCGUGCCACCCGUCCCGAGAUUUACCCGACGAUAGGGCUCCACCUCGGGAGUUCGAUCCUGAUCUCGCGUAUCUGAAGCUUAAAUGGGGGGUUGUUGAGGAGCCUGACGAAGAUGCCGACGGUAUCGGACAUGCAACCUUUGCGGCUGACGACAUCUCCCCUUUAAUAGAGGAAAAGGCGUACGCGUAG